UCACUCAGUGCGCGCCGACCGAGCCGGCCGGGCCGAUCGGAGGGCUGUGCGCAGCCAGCGCCUCUGGUGGCCAGAUCGCGCACUGCCCCCGAUCAGGCAGCGGUCCGGAGAUCGAGGACCUGCUGGUGGGCUGAGUGCGCGGACAGUGGACGGAGUCGCCGGAGACGAGUGACCCGGGAGUCGGCACGUCGACUCAGAAUGGUGCGUCGCGAUGACGGUGAACAGAGCGUGUCGCUGCUGGGCGGCCGCCGGUCACCGAGGGAGUACAGCGAGCACCAGCGUCUGCUGGAGACGGAGCUGAGCCGCGAGUCGGCCGGCUACGGCGCCGUGAAGCCACUGUCGCCACUGCCCACCGGCGGCGUCACGCUCACAUGGCACGAUGUAAACGUCUACGUGCCCGACAAGAAGAACAGCAGCGUCUUCAGCAGCUGCCAGUCGGAGGCGCCCAAACUGAAACGGGUGCUCAACAAUGUGUACGGCGCCGUGCUGGCCGGUAACCUGGUGGCCGUCAUGGGAUCCAG